GCUCACAGGCUAACAUGGAACAGAUUUGCAGGGACAAAAAAAGGGAAAGGCAAGAGAAUUUCAAGGGAUCUUCGAGUAGAACAGCUAAACAAAAUUUCAAAAGAGGAAAUAAGAGCCUUAGGUUUCCCAAACAUCAAUGAUGAAAGUGUCCAGAAUGCCACAAGAGCUACAGCUGCCAUUGAGGAAAUGGUCACAAAUUCCAAGGCUGACCUUGAAAUUGAAGCAAGAUCUGGGCAUCACUGCAAUAAAGAAGCCUUGAAAGCAUUUAGCAGUAUUUUUUAUCAAGUACAUAACAAGGCUAAAGUUUUCAGCUUUGAGCCAGACAGGCACUAUCAUGCAUUUCCAGAUUUAUCACGUGAAAUAUAUCACAACCUAUCACCACAACAGCUGUACAAGUGGAUUCAAAUGCACAGAAACCGUUGGCAUAAACAACAUCGGCAUCUGUACAGUAACUAA